CAAAGUUGACGUCUAUCUGACGUUUGGAGGUUGGUUUUAUUUCUUUGCGUUAUUAUGGGGGAGAGCGCUCAAGACAGUUACCAGAAGAGAUGGGGCCACCUGAGGAAGGUGCUGGAGCGUCAGGGGCCCUUCGGGCAUCCGGAAUUCGAACCGUCGCCGGAGAUCCUCGAAUUCGUGAUGAACGGUUGCAAGAUUCUGGUGAUCGGAGCCGGGGGUCUCGGCUGCGAACUUCUCAAGGAUCUCGCCCUGAUGGGUUUCAAGAAUAUCCAUGUCAUCGAUAUGGAUACCAUCGAGCUCUCCAAUCUCAACAGACAGUUCCUCUUCCGACGCAAAGAUAUUGGAAUGUCGAAGGCGGAAUGCGCUGCGGCGUUCAUCAAUUCCAGAGUGCACGGCUGCCAGGUGACACCACACUACAAGAGAAUCCAAGACUUCGACGAAAGCUUCUACAGGCAGUUCCACGUGAUUGUUUGUGGAUUGGAUUCGAUCGUGGCGAGGAGAUGGAUCAACGGAAUGAUGAUUUCUAUGCUGCAAUACGAUGAUGGGGUUCUCGAUCAAAGCAGUCUGAUUCCAAUUGUCGAUGGAGGGACGGAGGGAUUCAAAGGAAAUGCCAGAGUGAUAAUGCCAGGAUUGACUGCUUGCAUUGAGUGCACUUUGGAUCUGUACCCACCGCAAAUAACGUAUCCACUGUGCACUAUUGCGAAUACGCCUAGGCUGCCGGAGCACUGCAUCGAGUAUGUGAAAGUGGUGCAAUGGCCUAAGGAGAACCCUUGGGGCUCCAAUAUCGAUGGAGACGAUCCGCAGCAUAUAACGUGGAUCUACGAGAAGAGCGCAGAGCGGGCUUUGCAAUUCAACAUCACAGGCCUCUCCUACAGAUUGGUGCAAGGGGUCGUCAAAAACAUAAUUCCAGCUGUGGCUUCGACGAAUGCAGUUAUUGCAGCCGUUUGCGCGACCGAGGUGUUCAAACUGGCGACGAGCUGCUGCGUUCCCAUGAACAACUACAUGGUCUUCAACGACGUCGACGGAAUAUACUCGUACACGUACGAAGCGGAGAAGAAGUCCAACUGCUUGGCGUGUUCGCAGGUGCCGCAAACGUUGGAGAUCAAGGAUCCGUCGAAGAUGAAGUUGAAGGAUUUGAUACAGGUGCUCUGCGAGAGCGCCUCAUUCCAAAUGAGAAAUCCUGGCCUGACCACCUACAUCAACGGCAAAAACAAGACGCUCUACAUGUCGACGAUCAAGAGCAUCGAGGAGAGGACCAGGGAUAACUUGAAUAAGACUUUAACUGAUUUAGGAUUAAGUGAUAAUUGUGAGAUUAUGGUAGCCGAUCAGACAUCACCCAACACGCUCAUUUUAAAGCUGAAAUACUUGAUCGAAGAUGUAAACAUGGAUUAAGACAAAUACGCGCAUCCACACACAUUUAAUAUUUAUUUGUUUCCAAUAAAAA